GCGUGUUGAGGCACAGCUUGCAAGCUUUCGCACCCGCAACGCAGCUUUGGAGGGUGAGGUUGCCGGGCUGCGAGCAGAGGCCCAGGCUGUGAAGCAGGGGCUCGAUGCAGAGAUUGAGAGGCUUCGACAGGAGCUGCAAAGCAAGGACUUUCAGCUCCAGAGAGAGCUGGAGAUGAAGCGUCCAGUCACCUCAAUG